CCCUCGUCCCACUCUCGCUCCCACGCUCGCGCAAGCGGAACGGGGGAGAGCAGGACAGAGCGGGAGGGAGGCAGAGGCUGCAGUGUCGCAGCCCCCGGUUCGGAAGCCGACCUGGCCGGGGGUCUGUUGAGGUUGUGCGAUGGCGAAGGGGGCGGUCGUGGGGACGACGGCGGUGGUGUGCGCCGCGGCCGCGGCUGCGGCGGCGGUCGGGGUGGCGGUGGUGGUGUCGCGGAGGAGGAGGAGGACGCGGGACGCGGAGGCGGGCAGGCGGAAGAAGGUGGCCGACGUGAUCGAGGAGCUGGAGCAGACGUUGGCCACGCCGACGCCGCUGCUGCGCGGCAUCGCGGACGCCAUGGUGGAGGAGAUGGAGCGCGGGCUGCGCGCCGACCCCCACGCCCCGCUCAAGAUGCUCAUCAGCUACGUCGACAAUCUGCCCACCGGGGAUGAGCAUGGGCUGUUUUAUGCACUGGAUCUUGGUGGGACCAACUUUCGUGUUCUACGGGUUCAGCUUGGAGGAAAGGAGAAACGUGCUGUCCAACAAUAUGAAGAGGUUCCCAUUCCACCUCAUCUGAUGGUUGGGACUUCCACCGAACUAUUUGAUUUCAUUGCGGCUGAGCUGGAAAGAUUUGUUGAGACUGAAGGAGACGAUUUCCACUUGCCUGAGGGCAGACAUAGGGAACUGGGUUUCACCUUUUCUUUCCCAGUACACCAAACAUCGAUAUCGUCAGGCACCCUCGUUAAGUGGACAAAGGGAUUUUGCAUCAAUGGCACGGUUGGGAAAGAUGUGGUGGCUGAACUGAGCAGUGCUAUGGAGAGGCAGGGGCUUGAUAUGAAAGUUACAGCUUUGGUUAAUGAUACUGUAGGCACAUUGGCUGGCGGGAUCUAUGCUGAUAAUGAUGUCGUUGCUGCUGUAAUAUUGGGCACUGGGACAAAUGCAGCGUAUGUUGAGCAUGUAGAUGCAAUUCCAAAAUGGAAGGGACCACUACCUAGAUCAGGAAACAUGGUAAUCAACAUGGAAUGGGGAAACUUUAAGUCAGACAAGCUUCCCCGUUCUGACUACGAUAUUGCCUUGGAUUUUGAAAGUUUGAACCCCGGCGAGCAGAUGUAUGAGAAGAUGAUUUCGGGCAUGUAUCUUGGAGAGGUUGUGCGAAGGAUCUUGCUUAGGCUGGCUCAUGAUGCUUCCUUAUUUGGUGAUGUUGUUCCAUCAAAAUUGGAGAAACUAUUUGUACUGAGGACGCCGGAUAUGUCAACCAUGCAUCAUGACACCUCACAUGAUCUCAAACACCUUGGUGCUAAGCUGAAGGAUAUCCUGGGGGUUGCCGAUACUUCGCUGGAAGCAAGAUACAUAACCCUCCACGUCUGCGACAAGGUCGCGGAGAGAGGCGCGCGCCUGGCUGCCGCCGGCAUAUACGGCAUCCUGAAGAAGCUGGGCAGGGACAGAGCGCCGAGUGACGGCAGUCCGAAGCAAAGGACCGUCGUCGCCAUAGAUGGCGGCCUCUACGAGCACUACAAGAAGUUCAGCUCCCGCGUCGAGGCGACGCUCGCGGAGCUGCUCGGGGAGGCGGCCGCCUCGUCGGUCGUCGUCAAGAUGGCCAACGACGGCUCCGGCAUCGGCGCCGCGCUUCUUGCGGCCUCACACUCCCAGUACAAUGUCGUCGAGUAGUCCCAAGGAGAGGGAGUGAGCUCCUGGCGCGGCUUCUUGCUUUCGCCUCGAUCACUUAUUUUGCCAUUUCUCUCCACUGAUAGCUAGUCUUGUGCCAAUGAGUUCCGUUUGCAACCGCGGGAAGGCGGAAACGGAGACGGAGGUUAGAAUGACGCCGCUCCUUUCCUGCCAAUUCUUUUUCCCUAAACCUGCAAGUUUCUGUUGCGAUGCCAUGUCGCGAACCAAACAGAGGAGACCUGCCUGCAUCUGAUCUUCUAUAAUUCAGAAUAAGGAGGGUGGUAUAUAUAUGAUCGCAUAAUCGAAACAUUUAUGAUUUCUUC